AUGUUAAUUGAUGAUGGCCUGAGGUCCAAGUGGCCACUAGGGAAGAUUGUGGUCAUGAACCCCAAUGGGAGUAGUACUGUUAGAACAAUUGAGAUCUUAGGCAGAGGUUCUCUCCACUCCCAGACGAUUGACAGAUUAGAUCCCCUUGAGCUGCACUGUUCAGUGAAGGAAACCAUGACUGCUCAGGAGACCCCAGCAGCAGAAUUGGAGUCUUCUAGACCUCACCCAGAAAAUUCAACCAGUCACACCCUGGUGCAAAAUUUCGAAGGUGGUGGCAAUAGUGGCUUUAUUCCCAUCACCAUAGCCCCGUCUCCCCAUGGCGUGGCUGCUUCAGUAGGGGUUUUUACCUCUGCAAGACCUCAGCCAUUGACAGUCUCGUCUACACAUUCAGUUAGGAAUCCACUCAUCCAACCGUUGCAGCCCCAAGUCAGUCAAGUAGUUGCUUCACAAGUUCAGUUAUCAGUUGUGCCACAAAACUUACAACAGGCACCACCAGCCAUACCUCCAUUACCUGCAGCAGCUAAUGCUAUUUCUUUACCCCAACACCUCCUUUCCCCUCUGCUGUCCUCUUCAUCUCCUCCAGACUUGAGCAAAAGUUUUUCCACUAUUCUUGCAUCCAGUGAUCAAGAUAAUUCUUCCUUGGUUUCUGCAGCCACUGUUAAUGUUCCAGAGCUCCACAUUCCAGAAGGAAGUGUUAAUCUGCCUCUUCUGGAUAUUUCCCUUGGAGGCACCGUCACUAUAAGAGACCAGACAGCUAAUCUUCUGAGCACAGAUCCUGAUGCAACAUUGGGAAUGGAUCUUGCAUCUACUACUGCUACUUCUACACCUGUCAAGUCCUCACCUGUCACAUCGACCAUGAUCUGUAUCAAUCCUCUGCAGGAGACUAGCAGUGACAAGCUUCUAGAUAUAACACUUGGGAUUUCAAAUUCAAAUUCAAGCUUUUCUAGCCUACUUGCUGCUGCUACCCAGCCUCGUUGUUUAGACUCUUCACUCUUGGACAUACCCUCAAUGGAAGGAGAUGGUAAUAAUGAGAGAGUGAAUGGUGCAGAUGCAGGUAAUAUGUCUGCAGUUGGAAUACCUAGCUUUCCUGCAUUAUCAACAACACCUCCCUCUCCACCAUCUUCCCCAUCACGCCUUCUUCAACAGUCAGAUAACCAGUGGCUUAACAGUGAAGUGAAUGAUUUCUCUCUUUCCAGUUUCCUCGGUCAUUUUGAAUCGCCAGUGAAAAGCUCAAAUUCACGUGGGCCUUCUCAAACUGCGCCUUCAGGCUCAUUUGUGCCUAGCCUUAGCUCAGUCUACAAUGAAAACAGUGUAGACUUCACUGCAACCUUUGCAGAGAUGAAAGCACAGGUAUCAGGGGUCUUUAAACAGUAAUUAAUUUGCUGACAUAUAGCUUUAUGAUGUUUUGAUAAUCAUUGUACGGUACUGGGGCGAUAUUAGUUUUAAUAUGUGUGUGGAUGCGAGUGUGUAUUUAUGUAAUUUAAAUAUUUUUGAAAAUGUUAAAAUUUUAUGAAAUAAAAUGUGCAUUAUAAUUUUGGUUUAGUGAAGAUUUAAAACCAUUUUGACAAGUUACUAGCUAAGUACAUUCUAUGUAAUAUAAAAUCUGUACACAAAUGUGGUAAAUGUUAGAGAACAAAUUUAUUCAAUUUUAAUUUAAAAAAUAGCUGUUUGUUUUGUGUUUGGUAAAUAUUCAGUAUGUGUGUUGAUUUAUAGACUACUUGGGUAUCUGUAGAUUGAGGCUACAAUCUUAAAUGGAGUAUGAAUGACUUAUAGGUAUAGUGAUUCCCUUUUUUUUAAUUUGCCCCUCGUCCCUCAUCCAUUUUAUAUUCUCUAUAAAAAUCCAGAAGAGGGUGUUGAUGAAGGUCUCUUGAUUCAAGAAAUUGGAGCUAUUCCUCCCUUUGGAUCGAAGCUAAUUCCUUCCCAUAUUCCAGGCACUUUGGUAUGAUCCCUUUGGGUUCAAUGCUCCCCUCUGAACAUACAAAUUCUGUUUAAAAAAAAUACAAAGUGUUACAGUUUUGGGAUUACAUAUCUAUAUAGUACAAUUUUUUGGAAAGCCCCAUUGUUAUGCAGAUAAUUGUGGGAAAACUAAAUAAAACUAGUACUAACAACUGCUUAAUACUAGUAUAGGUAUGGCACUAAUGACUUAUAUCAGGUGUGAAAGUAGAGUAAUUACUAUUAAAUCUAUCAUAAAAGUCUCAGUGCACUCAGUACCUUGCAGCCUUUGAUUAAAGGUUCAUUAGUAGCUCAUCAACCCUCAUGCAAAUACAUCAAGAUGUAUUUAACUUUUUAUUGUACAAAAGUAGAUUAUAUUGUUAAAACAAAAAUUCUUCAAAAUAUUUAACUGAAACAAAGCUUUGAACUCUCUUAACUAUUAAGUUGAAUGAAGUAUUAAUAGGAAUUUUGCAUUUGACCUUAUUGCUGCUGAAGAAGGAUUUGAAAUUAAGGCUCAUUGAUUUCAGUGUGUUGUUUAUAUUUUUUUUAAACUAGCUGUCUUGCACCAAAACAUGUUGAUCUAAAAAAUAAAAAAAACUCACCAUCAUUCAAUCAAGAGCUGUCAUAUCAUAAAUGAUACACAAAUAAAAUAAGAAAAUUUAAAAGCAGCAAUAAACUUAAUAGUGCAUUUAAUGUUUAUGUUAAAAGAAAAUGUAUUUUUUUCAAGUUCCACAUGCUUAUGAUCAGUGCCAAGUUAGAUAACAAGGCAAGCUUGCUCAUAUUGAAAAUUGCAAAGAAUGGAGGAAAAACCAGAAAGAUGGCAGUGAAAAUGGCACCAGUGACACGUUAAAAAAAAGGGGGGGUUAAAAAAACAAGCCUUAGUGUGAUCAUUACUAGUCAAAAGAGCUGCAUAAACAAAAAAAUUCCAAAUGUUUAUACAUGAAUUUAGUAUGGUACUGUAAUGUUUCAUGGUUCAGUCAAGGCUACAAAUAUCCCAUUAAUAAACAAAUUUGCCACUUAUUCAUAGAAAAAUAAAUCAAAAUGGUAGCGUAAUUUCUCUAAGUGUGCAUCCUUCAUAGGGGAUGCAUUGAUGUUGAAGGGCUUCUGAGCUAAGGAAUUAGAGCUACUCUCAUACCCCAGGCACAUUGACUAUCAUGUGUUAGCACUUCCUCAUGAUUAUAAAAAUAUUUUAGGUACAGUGGACCCUCAACCAACGACAUUAAUCCAUUCCAGAGGGCUUGCCGUUGGUCGAGUUAAUUUUCCCCAUAAGAAAUAAUGGAAAUAGAAUUAAUCCGUUCCUGACACCCCAAAGUCUGAAAUUUUUUUUUUUUUUUUUUUACAUGAAAUAUACAUUUCCUUAUAUGGAAAGGAAUGGGACAUGCAAAAUAAACAAUAAUUAAAUGCCACUUACCUUUAUUGUGGAGUUUGUUGAGUGAUGUGCCAGCAGCAGGGGAAAUACAGAAUUGUCUAUUGCUUGGAAGGAGAAUCCCCUAUCAGAAGGACUUCAUUUCCAUCGUAAUUCUCACCCUUUUUAACACAGGCUUGGCACUAGAAGCUUUCUUGGGACCCAUGGUGGCUUACUUAGCAAUUACAAGCACUAGAAAUAGUGGAAUUAUCCAGAAUAUGUGGGAGGCACACGUGGAAACCGACCGCAACACCUUGUAAACAAUGGCACACUGACUCUUGGAGUGGCUGGGCCCACUCAGGCCGCGCUCGGGCACAGUGACAUGUUCCGGACAAACGUCAUUGGUUAAGGCAUUUUUUCUAUGGCAAAAAGUGCCAUUAGACAAAAUUGCCGUUACUUAAUGCCGCCAUUAGUUGAGGGUCGGCUGUAUAUGCACAAUAAGGAAAAUAUGACAAUUUAAUAAUUUUAAUGAUCAAAGGGAUUAUGCUCUAACUUAGAAGUGUGAUAAAUGAAUAAUUACUGAACACAUUUUUAAGAAAGUAACAGUUCAGGCUCUGGGACAUGCUAGAUAUUAA